AAAUCUGGUCACGCUGGUCUCAAGUGUCAGACUGUCAGUGUCAUGUUAAGCAACAUAUUCGACUGUCAGAGAAUUAUUGAUUUCUACUUAUUUAUCAAUUAAAACUGAACGAGUUAACAAUAGAUAAAAACCAAGCACUAAUCAACAACCAUGUAACUAAAUAGAACACAAGCUAUUUAAUAUAAAAGUGCGCCAUGACUACGAAUGGGAAUAGUGCCAACUACGCACCCCUCAAGCAAAUACUAUCGGAAUCAGAGUCAGAAGAUGACAACAAGUUGGAAAAUGCAGUUCAAGCCGGCGACGGAAGAAAUAUGGAUUUCAACACCGGUCUGUUGGUAUCUAGGAAUAGUAUGAGUGACAUGGACGAUUUUAACAGCAACCUUAACACUAUGGAGAGCACCAUGGAUAAUGUAAGCUUCCUACAAUCCGAUAUGUCCAGCAAAUUAUCAACACCACGAAGAUUCGCGUUCAUCACUUCAAUUCUUCUGUGUAUUAUUGUCAUAAUCGUGUUCUUGUGGGGUAUACCUUGUUCUGAUUUCGGUAGCUGCCCAGGUGCUGAGUGGCAGGACAAAACAACUAGCUGGGAGUUUCCUUACGAUGAAGUUGAAUUGUCAGGAGCGGUGCAGGUCGUUGACGGUGCAAUCCCGUUUACUAAAAACUUAAUUUUUAUUUAUCGUGGGAACCACAUGAGAAAGGAUUCACCUAAUGAUGAUAAUGUGAAUGGAGUAUUGUUGAUUGUUGGAAACACAGGUAAAGUGGGAUGGUACACUCGUGAGAGUAGAAUACCAACUGAAAUCAACUGCCAUUUGAUUGAUGUAAACAAUGACAAGAUUAAAGAUUGUAUUGUCUCUGGUUCAGAAGGUUUACUUGCUGCUAUUAGCCCUCUUGCAGGUACUUACUAUUGGUACAUGCAUAAACAAGGUAAAGUACUUAGCAAUAUAGCUGCAAUUGAUUUCCCGAUUGUAAUGAAAGAUAUGGAUAAAGAUAAUGUGAGCGAUCUGCUUACAGUUGCUACUGUUUACCCAAAUACUAAUCAUAAUUCACUACUAGUCAUAUCAGGUGCAACAGGUAACAUCAUUGGAGAACCUCUUGUAAUGAAUGAUUGCUUGACAGUUAAAUUGAUUUCAGUCUCUGAAACAAUCUCAUAUAUUUGCAAGAAUGGUGCUACAGAAGCUGUAAGGGACAAAGAAUAUUCAGUGUUGUAUAAAAAACUGGUGACCGUUGAGCAUGCAAAUCAUACUAAGCAUGCGAAGCCAAUUAAUAAAAAAGUUAACAUCAAUUUUAAGAAAAGUAUUGGAAAUACCCGUGUUCUAUAUUCAAACGGUCCAGGCAAACUAAUUGUUGAAAAUUCUGGAGAAUGCCCUGAUUCAUGUAAAGUGAAUUUAACUUUAUUGCUGGACAGAAACGGCAGCAGUACAGUCAGCUGGGAGUACACAGCAAAUUAUGUGUUUGCAAUGAAACCAAGUACUUUUGCUUUCGCCAAUUCUAUACGAGGUUUUGUAUUGAAAUUAUGACAGUGGAAUAGUGCACACUUAGCAAGUAGUGCACUGAAAGCCAAAGAAAUAAGAUACAAUAUACAGAACCAGAGCCCUAAGGAUCCAUAUGAAGCGUUUUAUUACCGACCAGCAGUAAAUGUUGACUCAAUAACAUCAUUUGUUAGGUACCCUAACUUUACAGUCUAUGAUAUAUCUGAGAGAAUUGUGUUAGUCUCUUUUGAUAGAUUACAGACACACAAUGUGAAUGUGAGUCAAACUGAUCUAGUGCAGAUAUGUCUACGUGGGCCGGUAGACAAAAAUUCACAGUUACCACUAUGUCAGCCAGACUUAGAAUAUCAAGAACAAUCAUUAAUGAUUGCUGAUCUGGACAGUGAUCACUCACACGAGUUAAUAUCUUAUUAUAGCACAUUUGCAGCACCUGAAUCAAAUAAUGCAAAAAAUUCAAACCCAAAUGAUUCUUGGCACUUAACUUCUGUUGUUAGAGUAAUUAGGUUAGAAUCUGAAUUACCAAAACUGUUUGUAGCCGAUAUGUAAUCAUAAUCUUUUGGAUAUUAGAUGUGAAUGCCAAAUGUUCGCCGUAAAUUAUAUGGCACCAGAUAUUUCUAAGACUAGUCAUUAAUUUUAAUUAUUAUUAGUGGUUUUCUUGCCUGUGUGUUCAAUGUUUAGCACUAAUAGUUAAAUACUAAGUUUUUACUGGUUAGGUUGUGUGGGGAGUCAGCAUGGGUUGUUACUACUGUUCAACCUAUUUUUUAUGUGAAGCAAAUCAUGUAUUUUGGUUUGAAGGGUUGCCAGUUGUGAAUGGUUGUUAUCCUGUGGGUGGGUGUAAAAACCUUUUAAGACUCGAUGGUCUUUGUAUGCCUUUCUUGUUCUCUCUCCAUAAAUAUUUGUAAUCAUUAACCUAGUUCAUAAAAGAGUCCACCAGCUUCCUUAGUUUGUUGAAUGCUUGAGAUUAUGAAUUUGAUGAACCAGGGCAUUACCCCGUCAUCCACCAGUGGCCACUGCUAUGCACAUAGUUCGAGACUGGUGUAGAAAACUGCAUAAAAGACUAACCAAAUGUGUAGUUAAUAAUUAGUUAUGUUUCUGCACAUUUUGUACAUAUAGCAAAAAAGGCCUGUAGUCUAUGUUGAAUACAAUGAAAUUGUAUUUUGAUGUAUAUAUCAAUGCCUCCAAUGAACACUACUCGUUUGCAUCGAUAUUUAAAAAAAAAUAUUGCCCUUCUAGCCCACCUGAUGGUGAGUGGUUACCGUCGCCCAUGGACUUCAGCAAUGCUAGGGGCAGAGCCAAGCCGCUGCCUACCGCAAAAUAUUCAGUAAUGCUCCUUUUAGUUUACAUUAUUCCAGGCAUAAGCUUUAUAUUGGCUUGACGAGUCCCAGUAUCAUCUACCAUUACCCCCUAUCUCAUAUUUGUCUUUAUCCACAUUAGGUAAUGUCAUUUUUACUACUCAUCACCUCUGCCCAUCUAAUAUGCAUGUUCGAGCGUUAAUAAAAUGAGCAGUAUUUUAGAUAUAUGUAUAAAUUAUAACUAUUCUCUAAAAUCAACUGGACCUGAACAAAUCAGGCUCAGACUUCACUAAUCAUAAACUCAUUGUUUUAUUAUAAUACUCAGCAUUGUACCUAGUUAAAUGUGUUAAACCUAAUUAAUGUUGAGUUGUUUAGUAACAAAUUUUAAAAUAUUUAAGCUAGUGCUACAUUAUUAGUUUUCGAAUUUUUGUAUGUGAACAUUUUCAGUGCUAAAUGUAAUUAGCGGUGCCUUAAAUUAGAUAUAUGUGGAACGUGCUCCGCGGUUUCACCCGCGUUAAAAUUUUAAUUCAGAAAUAAUUACACAUAUUCCGUUUUGAGAGAAGUAAAUAACAUUCUGAUGCAUAAAGCAGUCAUAAAGAGUCGUUUAUUUUAGCGGAUAACGUCGUUGUCCUGGAUAUUUAUUUCAUUUAUUAUCAAAAAAGUAUGCUUUAAAUCCAGUUAAAAACAAUCUUUGUGUGAAAUUAAAUCCAAAUCUAUUUAGGAAUUAUUGCGUGAUUACGUACAACCGUGCAAGCUCACAUUUAUAAUAUGUAUAGGUAUUAAUUACUAUUAGUUUAAGUAGUAUAAAGUUAUUGUAACCCUAAAAACAUGUAUUUUAUUUGCUUCAAAAUAAAGUUAUCGAGAAUAUAA